GAAGCCUUCUUAAGGAAUAGGGCGCGAUGUAUAGCGGCAAAGUGCAACUAUUGAGGAAAGAUGGGACUGUGGCUGAACCCUCUCCCUUCCGGUCAGCUAAGAAAUAGCGCCUGCGUCUUCAUCGUCGGACUUUCCCUCUUCGCUGCCGGAGCUCACCUCUCUUACCUCAACAUAGGCCCUCAGCAAGCUCGAACCAAAGCUCGUUAUGAUUUUGUCAAAGAGCGUUUGAGGAGGCGUCGCGACGGUUAACCUGCUUCGACUUGUUCCCGGGUAGGUAUUUAUGAUUUUAGUCAACAAAGAAGAUCUAACGUUGAAGAACAAUAAUACAAAAGUAUGAAUUUUGAAGAUGGAACUGAGUUUUCCGAGCACGAGGCGCCAUAAAAUAACUCUAGAUGUGAUCUUCAGGAUGUAUUUAGUUGACUACGAGGCGUCUCGGAAAGAGGAGAUGCAAAGCAACCAAUGGAGACAUAUUGUAAUGGACUUAUAAGCUUCAAUUUUCUCUUCAUUUCUUUUUGUUACCUUUCUUUAGCGGUACAUUUGUAUCUCAACUGAGUUGUUCUCAUGUAUAGCAUUUCUAUAAACUCUUUUGUAUUACUCAACUUCAGUUAUUGAAUAUCUUUUAUUUUUGUUGAGAUAUUUA